CUCCGCGGCGCUUUAAUAUGCUCCCUGCUGGGGGAACACAGACACCACCGGACCCGUCCCACAAUGACCACCGGCUUCAGCUCCGGUUCCUGCCGGUUCGCAGAUUACUUUGUGAUCUGCGGACUCGACACCUCCAGCGGGCUGGAACCCGACGAACUGUCCGCUUUAUGCCAGUAUAUAGAGGCUACUAAAUUCAGAGAUGGGGCCAGAGGAAAUUUGGCGGGGGCAGACGAAGGUGAGAAUUUUGAGCAGAGUCCACUGCGGAGAACUUUUAAAUCCAAAGUCCUAGCACAUUAUCCAGAGAACGUCGAGUGGAAUCCAUUUGACCAGGAUGCAGUUGGCAUGCUCUGUAUGCCGAAGGGUCUAGCGUUCAGGACGCAGGCUGAUUCCCGGGAGCCUCAGUUCCACUCCUACAUCAUCACCAGGGAGGACGGCUCACGGACUUAUGGCUUUGCCCUCACCUUCUUCGAGGAGGUCACCAGUAAGCAGAUCUGCAGUGCCAUGCAAACUCUUUACCACAUGCACAACGCAGAGCAGUAUGACAUCUUGCACACUCCCACCUCCCCGCCGGGCCCCGAGGACCAUCGACACCAACUCUCCCAGCAACGUCCGGUGCUCCACGCCGCGCCCGCCAUCUCUCGCCUGCAGCGCUUCAACUCCUAUGACAUCAGCCGUGACACGCUGUACGUGUCCAAGUGCAUCUGCCUAAUAACACCCAUGGCCUUCCCUCAGGCCUGCAGGAAGGUGCUGCUGCAGCUUCACCAGGCUGUGUCGUCCCCGCAGCCCCCACCGCUGCCGCUGGAGAGCUUCAUCUACAACAUCCUCUAUGAGGUGCCCCUGCCACCCUCUGGGCGCUCCCUCAAGUUCUCAGGUGUGUACGGGCCCGUGGUGUGCCAGAGGCCGAGCACGUCUGAGCUGCCGCUCUUUGACUUUUCCAUCGGUGAAAUGUUUAACCUGCUGGGGGUGGAGAACGUUCUUCAGCUGUUCACCUGUGCCCUGCUCGAGAUGCAGAUACUGCUCUACUCACAGCAUUACCAGAGGCUGAUGACAGUGGCAGAGAGCAUCACAGCCUUAAUGUUCCCCUUCCUGUGGCAGCAUGUGUACGUUCCCAUUCUGCCCGCCUCCCUCCUCCACUUCCUGGAUGCUCCGGUGCCGUAUCUCAUGGGCCUCCACUCCAACGGACAGGAUGACCGCACCAAGCUAGAGCUGCCACAGGAGGCUAACUUGUGUUUUGUGGACAUUGACAACCACUUCAUCGAACUGCCAGAAGAGUUGCCCCAGUUUCCCAACAAACUAGAGUUCAUUCAAGAGAUCUCAGAAGCACUCAUGUCCUUUGGCAUGUCUCCGGAGGGGAAUAUUCACUCCAGUGACAGCCAGGCCAAGUAUCGGAGCUUCCGAUCUGCUGACAUGGUCUCCGACAACCGCAACGGCAACCUGGCGUCUCCCCUCAACUCCUACCUGCUGAGGGAGAAUGAAACUAUCGCCCGACUGCAGGCUUUGGUCAAGAGGACGGGUGUCAGCCUGGAGAAGCUUGAGGUGAGAGAGGAUGCCAGCAGCAAUAAGGACAUGCGGGUCCAGUGUGAUGAAGAAGAGUUUAAGAUGCACCAGGUUAACAUCCAUGUGCGCGAGGUCUUCGCCAACCGAUUCACCCAGAUGUUUGCAGACUACGAGGUGUUUGUGAUCCAGCCGAGCCAGGACAAGGAGUCCUGGUUCACCAAUCGAGAGCAGAUGCAGAACUUUGACAAGGCCUCCUUCCUGUCUGACCAGCCAGAGCCCUACCUGCCCUUCCUGUCACGUUUCUUGGAGACGCAGAUGUUUGCCUCCUUCAUCGAUAGUAAGAUCCUCUGUCAUGAUGAUGAGGAGAAGGAGCACACGCUGAGGGUGUUUGACUCACGCGUGGAUAAGAUUCGCAUGCUGAACGUCCGCACGCCCACUCUGCGCACCUCGAUGUACCAGAAAUGCACAAACAUCGAAGAAGCAGAGAAAGCCAUUGAGAUGAGGGUCAUAAAGAUUGACCACACCGCCCUGCAUCCCCACCUGCUGGACAUGAAGAUCGGUCAGGGACGCUAUGAGCAUGGCUUCUUCCCCCGACUGCAGUCUGAUGUGCUCUCUACUGGGCCCACCAGCAACAAAUGGACCAAGAGGAGUGCUCCCGCCCAGUGGAGGAGGAGGGAUCGACAGAAGCAGCACGCUGAGCACCUUUAUUUAGACAACGACCAGAGAGAGAAGUACAUCCAGGAAGCCAGGAACCUAGGCACCACCAUCAGACAGCCCAAGCUGUCCAACCUGUCACCUUCUGUCAUCGCUCAGACCAACUGGAAAUUUGUUGAAGGACUGCUGAAGGAGUGCAGGAACAAGACCAAGCGUAUGCUGGUGGAGAAGAUGGGUCGGGAGGCCGUGGAGUUGGGUCACGGGGAGGUCAGCAUCACCGGUGUUGAAGAGAACACUCUUAUUGCGAGCCUCUGUGACCUCCUGGAGAGGAUCUGGAGCCACGGACUGCAGGUCAAACAGGGUAAAUCUGCCUUGUGGUCCCACCUGCUGCACUAUCAGGAGAGCAAAGAGAAGAAAAAUGCGACUCCAGGUUGUUUGGGACCUCCAGGUUUCAUUCAUGACACUGAAAGACGCAAAUCGGAUGGAGGUGGAUCAGCAAUGCCACCUAUGAAAAUCUCCCUGAUCCAGGACAUGAGACACAUUCAGAACAUCAGCGAGAUCAAGACCGAUGUGGGCAAAGCCAGAGCCUGGGUUCGCCUCUCUAUGGAGAAGAAGCUGCUCUCCAGACACCUGAAGCAGCUGCUUUCAGAGCAUGAGCUUACAAAAAAACUGUACAAGCGAUACGCCUUCCUCCGCUGUGAUGAUGAGAAGGAGCAGUUUCUCUACCACCUCCUGUCCUUUAACGCUGUGGAUUACUUCUGUUUCACCAACGUCUUUACGACCAUCAUGAUCCCCUACCACGUAGUGGUGGUUUCCAGUAAGAAGCUGGGUGGCUCCAUGUUCACAGCCAACCCUUGGGUGUGUGUUUCUGGUGAGCUGGCAGAGACCGGAGUCCUACAGGUCCCAAGAAAUACUCUGGAGAUCACUUUUGAGUGCCAGAACCUGGGAAAGCUCACCACAGUGCAGAUGGGUCACGAUAACACAGGUCUCUACGCAAAGUGGCUUGUGGAGUGUGUUGUGGUCCGAAACGAGAUCACUGGGCACACUUACAGGUUUCCGUGUGGCCGGUGGUUGGGGAAGGGCGUGGAUGACGGCAGUCUGGAGAGGAUCCUGGUGGGAGAGCUGAUGACCCCCAGCACAGAUAACGAUGAGAGGAUGUGCCGCACACCCCCGAUGCAGCAGUCCCCUGGGAUGAUGAGGAGGUUUGUUACCAUUUCGCCAAACAGCAGACCAAAGUUAAACACAGGUCAGAUCCAGGAGGGAGUGGGAGAGGCCAUCAACGGGAUCGUGAAGCACUUCCACAAGCCAGAGAAGGAGAGAGGCAGUCUGACCCUCCUCCUUUGUGGGGAGUACGGCCUCGUCUGGGCUCUGGAGCAGGUUUUCCUGCAUGGUUUCAAAUCACCCCGACUCUUUAAGAAUGUCUUCAUCUGGGACUUCUUGGAGAAGUCACAGGUAUACUUUGAAAGUGCAGAGCAGCGGGAGGUGACUCCAGAUGAAAACUGGCAAACCAGAGUACGCCACUUCUGCCGCUUCAUGCGCGCCAUCAACAACACGUCCAGAAACAUCGGCAAGGACGGGAAGUUCCAGAUGCUCGUCUGUCUUGGUGCAAGGGACCAUUUGCUGCAUCACUGGAUCGCUCUGCUCGCAGAUUGUCCGAUCACCACUCAGAUGUACGAAGACGUUGCACUGAUGAAGGACCGAUCUUUGGUAAACUCUCUAAUCAGAGUGCUACAGACUCUGCAGGAGUUCAACAUCACCCUGGAGGCUUCGCUUGUCAAAGGUGUUGGUAUCUGAAACGAAACCAGCUUCCCACCAGUUGUACGUGACCUGGACGGUUUUCAGUGGGGACCACUAAAAAGAAUAACUAAACCUUUUAUAUGCAGGAAAAGACUUGAACAAAGGACAUUUUCUGGCUUAUAUUACAGCUACUGUUACAUUUGCCAUAUAUUAAGUGCAAUGAGCCUUUCAAAAUAUGUUGUUAUUUUUAUCCUCAAUGAUGUUGCCAUUAGAUGUUAAAAAUAUGUUUUCUAUUAUGAACCAUCAUUUUCACAUUAUUGACCAUGACCUACUUGUGCUAUAAUGUUUUAUUGAAAGCUAAAUAUUUUCAUUGUUCUCGUGAACUGCUGACAAUGGCUAUAUUUAAGGGAGAGCGAGGAUCAAAACUGUUAAUAUAUUUUCAGAGAAAAACAGUAUUAUUUUGUUAAAUCAGUCAAGUUGCUUGCUCUGCUGUCAACUCAGAUUCCAAUGUCAUUACGCAGAGCUUAAAGCAAAUGAUGUAGAGUUAUGCCUUAUAAGUACGUGUAUGACAAGGGGUUUGUGGUUCGAAGAAUGAUUCAUAUACAUCAACAUAAAACGGCUGUUACAUUUGGGUCUUUCCCUGAGAAAUGCUCUAGUGUGCAGAUAUUUUAAAUGGAACAACCUCAGCAGAGAACAUGACGUUUUGCAUGUUAAUAAGACUGUGUGGCUUAACCCUAUAUUCAGUGAUGGACGGUCUUUGGCUUGUGUUCUAGACACAAGUCUUCCAAGAGAUGCUUGAUCCAGCUUUUCUGUGCAAAGUGGAUCCCAAUUGAAAGCCUUCAUGUAAAUACCUCCAACCGGCCCCUUUCCCCUCCCAUGAUCCCAGCCCUUACACUACAUCCCUCUUCUCUGAAUAAAUACAGUGUGAUGAUCUGUGUUGACUCCUCGUGAUGAAGGAUGAUCUCCUGCUUCCCAUGUGAGGAACAAAAAGGACAGCUCUUUCCUGCUGCUGAUUUUGUCAUCAUGGUUUCUUGCUAUGCAAUAUCCACAACAGAAAAUUCAACCCAUUACAAACAUGUGGUGUUCUUGAGGUGUUACCGGGCCCUACUCUGUUACGUACUUUGAACUUUAGUGUGCAGAACAAGAGAUAUAAUAUGUGAAGGACUUAUUUUCUGUGCCAACAACGUCUGGAAUGACUGUGUUGUACUCGUCUGUGUACGACCCACACAUGAGCAUCUUGGGAGAUAUAUAUUUUUGUUUUCCAAUACUGUUGUACAUUUAUUGACAUAGCUGUGUAAUGUAGUGUUUACUAAGUGAGCAGCAGUGUACAGUGUAAAAACUAUAAAGAAUAAAGCAUCUGUAAUGCGUUAAAGUGAAUUUAAUUGUAUUAAGGGUCGACCAGUUUUUCAUUAAUAGAUUCAUAUUAACUGCUAUAUGUGCUUUCUCAGCUGAGAAAAUGUUGUAUACAAAUUCACUGGUUUCAACUUCUUAAAUUUUAAUAUUUAUUGUUUUAUUAGUCUUCAAUUAUAGUCACUCAAAAGACUGUUGGUCAGACAAAACAAGCAAUUUGAAUUUGUGAAUGGCAUUGGGAAAUUGUGAUUAAAAUAAUAUGCUGAUUAAUAAAAAGUGAAAAUAUUUUUUAGUUUAAGCCCUAAAUCUUAUCUCAACUGUUCUGGGAAAUGUUUUUCUUGAUUUGUAAAAAACUAAAUAUCCCAUAAUAUUAAAAAAGUGCAACCGACUUCCCCAUCUAAUGAUAGUCUCUUUUGUGUCAAAUAA